ACUCGGGGGAUACAAUGGCACCAUCUUCGCCUAUGGACAGACCUCCUCUGGAAAAACACACACCAUGGAGGGCAAGCUGCAUGACCCUCAUGGGAUGGGAAUCAUCCCUAGAAUUGCAGAGGACAUCUUCAAUCACAUAUUCGCAAUGGAUGAAAACCUUGAGUUCCACAUCAAGGUGUCCUAUUUUGAAAUAUACAUGGACAAAAUCAGAGAUCUUCUGGAUGUGACUAAAACCAAUCUGGCAGUGCAUGAGGACAAGAACAGGGUUCCAUAUGUGAAGGGCUGCACUGAGCGCUUUGUCUCCAGCCCAGAGGAGGUGAUGGAUGUUAUUGAUGAAGGAAAAGCCAACCGGCAUGUUGCUGUCACCAAUAUGAAUGAGCACAGCUCCAGGAGUCACAGUAUCUUCCUGAUCAACAUCAAGCAGGAGCACGUGGAGACAGAACAAAAACUGUGUGGGAAGCUCUACCUGGUGGACCUGGCUGGGAGUGAGAAGGUCAGUAAGACAGGAGCAGAGGGAGCUGUGCUGGAUGAAGCUAAGAACAUCAACAAGUCUCUAUCUUCUCUAGGAAACGUCAUCUCUGCUCUGGCCGAGGGAACCAAGACUCAUGUGCCAUACCGUGACAGUAAGAUGACCCGUAUCCUGCAGGACUCUCUAGGGGGGAACUGCAGGACCACCAUGUUCAUCUGCUGCUCUCCAUCCAGCUACAACGACCAGGAGACCAAGUCCACACUCAUGUUUGGACAACGAGCUAAGACGAUCAGGAACACAGCGUCAGUGAAUCUGGAGCUGACGGCAGAACAGUGGAAGAAGAAGUAUGAGAAGGAGAAGGAGAAGAACAGGAUGAUGAAGGAGACGGUACAGAGGCUGGAGUCUGAGCUUAACAGGUGGAUGAAUGAUGAGGAGGACUCAGAGCUGGAUCAGUUGUGUCCUGGUGCUGUGCCUCUUGAGUGUCUGAUACCCAGAGAAGACAGUCUGGGUCGGCUCCCCAGAGAAGAGAGCUCCUCCUCCGGUCUGAGUCGGCUGCCUAGAGAAGACAGUUCCUCCUCUAUAGUGAUCAGGAUCUCAGAGGAGGAAAGACAGAAGUAUGAGGAGGAGAUACGCAAGCUCUACAAGCAGCUGGACGACAAGGAUGAUGAGAUCAACCAGCAGAGUCAGCUGGCGGAGAAGCUGAAGGAGCAGAUGCUGGACCAGGAAGAGCUCCUGGUCUCCUCCCAUGGGGACAGUGAGAAGGUGUCAUCAUCAGAGCUGGGCAGACUACAGAUGGAGAGUGACAUUGCCAAGGCGGAGGUGAAGGAGGUUCUACAGGCCUUAGAGGAGCUGGCUGUUAACUACGACGAGAAGAGCCAGGAGGUGGAGGAUAAGAGUCUACAGAACAAACUACUGGCUGAGGAACUGGCCAAGAAAAUGGCCCACCUGAUGCGAAUUGAGGCAGAGCUGUCUCGUCUACAGGAAGUGAGCAGUCAUCAGAGGAAACGCAUCGCUGAGGUUCUCAACGGCCUAAUGAGGGACCUCUCUGAGUUUAGUGCCAUUGUAGGCAACAAAGACAUCAAACUGCCGAUGGAAAUAACGGGUGCGAUCGAGGAGGAGUUUACGGUGGCCCGUCUCUACAUCAGUAAGAUCAAGUCGGAGGUCAAGUCCAUGGUGAAACGCUGUCGUCAGCUGGAGAACCUUCAGAUGGAGUGUCAUAGGAAGAUGGAGGAGACAGGAAGAGAGCUGUCCUCCUGCCAACUCCUCAUCUCACAGCAUGAGGCGAAGAUCCACUCCCUGACAGAGUACAUGCAGAACAUAGAGCUGAAGAAUAGACAGCUGGAGGAUAACUAUGACUCUCUGAGUGAAGAGCUGGCCAAACUCCAUGCCCAAGAGAGCAUGUCAGAGGUGACAAAGGGAGAGAACCAGGCGGACAUCGAAGAGUCUGCUGAUGUUAAGAGGGCUCUGGUGCAGCAGAUGGAGUCUCACCGUGAGACGCACCACAAGCAACUGGGACGUCUCCGAGACGACAUCAACGAGAAACAGAAGAUCAUUGACGACCUCACUGAUCGUAACCAUCGUCUUCAUCUGGAGUUGGAGCGGCUGAGGAGCGACUUUGACCGUCUUAGGAGUCAGGAGCACCACAAGACACUGCAACUGGAGGAGCUGACAUUUCUUCAUGAGCGCCACGAGCAGUCAAAGCAGGACCUUAAAGGACUGGAAGAGACUGUGGCCCGUGAACUCCAGACCCUGCACAACCUGCGGAAGCUUUUUGUUCAAGACCUCACAACUCGAGUCAAAAGGCAUUCAGAGAUGGAGCCAGAUGAUAGCGGGGGAUGUAGCCACCAGAAGCAGAAGAUUUCCUUUCUCGAGAACAACCUGGACCAGCUUACAAAAGUUCACAAACAGUUGGUACGCGAUAAUGCAGACCUGCGUUGUGAGCUUCCUAAGCUGGAGAAGCGUCUUCGGUCUACAGCUGAGAGAGUGCGGGCGUUGGAAGGUGCACUGAAAGAGGCUAAGGAGGGGGCCAUGAAGGACCGUAGACGCUAUCAACAGGAAGUGGAGAGUAUCAAAGACGUUAUGAGGGCCAAGAACCCCCUCCGUAGGCAACAUGCUGCCCAGAUAGCCAAGCCCAUCCGUCCGGGCCAGUUCCCACUCUGCUCCCCCACCAACCCGUGGGUUCGCAUUACUGAACAGCAACACUCCAUCCAUUUUAGUAACGCCAUGUUCCAGAUCCCCAGCCAGACAGCUAGCCAUCACACCAGCCACCCUGCCGCUCCCCCAGCUACAGCAUCUAACUCCAACCCCACCCAGACCAACAAUCACCACUCCAAUGAGACCAGCCUCCAUCAGACCAAGACGCUGCCAGCUGAGCCAACCAAAACCACCGUAGUGGACAACGGCACAGUAAAGGACACUACAGUGCAGAAGACUACAGUGGAUAACCCAACAGUGGACAAUGCCGCCACAGUAGAUCAUUCUCCAGUGAAGCACCCUACAGUGGAUAACACUACAGUGAAUAGUGCCGCAAUGGAUAACUCCCCAGUGAAGCACCCUAGAGAGAAGGACACUACAGAAAAAGGCUCUACAUUGAAGGACCCUACAGUCAACUCUACAGAAAUGGUGGAUGUUGACAGUGUCAACGGGAACACUACAGAUAUCAAUGACAACAGGAAUGAUGUGCAGCACUGCGACAACCACAACCAGGAGAACCCAGCCAAACUGCACCACGUCAUCCAGCCAGAACAGACUGCCAGCUAGUGACCCAGCUCGAUAGGUGUCCGGUUCUGCCAAGACUUACCUCGUAAAUUCGCAUGCUGCGGAUCAACGGCCCUCUGAUCACCCCUCUAUCCUCCUCCCCUCUUUCCCAGUAACACCAACUCUCUUCCUCCCUCUGUAGAACUCUCUGUAGCCCUCCACCUUCUCCCUUUCUCCGCCUUUUCCCCUCUGCCUCUCCUGCUUGCUAUCCGCCUGUCCACUCUCUUGAACCAUUUGUCCAAUACUUUGUAAGUGAUAUGAAUAUAACAUACUGUACUAUGUGGGUAUGGGGGUAUGUAUAGUAGGCCUACUGUAUGGAUUGUGUAUACAAAGGAACCAUGGCAGUAUAGAAAACUCUGUAACUGAACCACUAGGCUUAGGUCCCAAAUGGCACCCUAUUCCCGUCGGGCUCUGGUCAAAGGUAGUGGACUAUAAAGGGAGUAGGGUGCCAUUCGACACACAACCUAGAAUUGGGAGCUUCCUCUUAGCCCUUACUAUUCCUCUGACCCUGUUGGAAUGAAUUGAAGGUGUACUAGCCAAUGAGGAUUGGAGCGUGAUGGUGCAGUGUUCUGUGUGGCAAUAGGGCGCGCUCAUCCUGCUCUUCUCCGUCUAGGAGGUACAGUACAUUGUGAGGGUAAAUGACGAGACAUGAUCCUUUUAGGCUCUUUUGGCCUUUUCUGUACCUAUAUCAAAAAUAAGAGUAUAUAAGCAUGGUUAAUACCUCUAUUCAACACAAAGAGAAUCGGUUGGAAAAUAGAUGUAACGGCAUUCAUAGGAAGAAGGUGAGGACCAAGGUGCACGCGUUCAAAUUAUUUAUUCGAAACUGAACACUAAAUACAAAAUAACAAAAGGAAUAACCGAAACAGCUCUGACAGGUGAUACACACACUCAACAGAAAACAACUACCCACAAAACGCAGGUGGGAAAAGGCUACCUAAGUAUGGUUCUCAAUCAGAGACAACAAUAGACCACCUGCCUCUGAUUGAGAACCACACCCGACCAAACACACAGAAAUAGAAAUAAAUAGAACACAAAACAUAGAAUGCCCACCCCAACUCACGCCCUGACCCAACCAAAAUAGAGACAUAAAAAGGAUCUCUAAAGGUCAGGGCGUGACAAUAGACAACAACCGAAACUAACAACCACCUUGCAAUUGGAGAUUGAUCGAAGUAAUACACACACGCAGAGCAUGGCAACGUCUUAAUUUAAAAGUGAACAUAUUCAUACAUGACCAUUUUUCACUCUAUUCUAUUCAUGUAUAUAGAAGUGUAUACAAUAUAGAUGUAUAUAUGCACCCCAUUAAGGUUGAUUUUGUAUUGGACAAGUAUUUUACACAGCUGACUGAUGUCAUAGUAAUAAUGAUACUGUUUGCUAACUGAGCAGGUUAACAUAGCAGACAGCUGUUUCUUUAACUUCCACAAUACCAUUAAGACAACAGAUGACUUCUUCUCUUCCCUAUGGCCGGUUGAGUAGUCAGGCCCAGAGCCAUAUAUUUAUUUAUUUUGUAAAUUACCAUACCCCUUUCAUACUCAGAGUAAAUAGCUUAUGAAUGUGGAUGAGUUAGAUCAUAGGUCAUACACAAACUUCCUCCAGCAGGUUCAUUGUUGGACUUGUAUGUGUGUAUGUUAUCCUGUCUAUAGAAUAACAGCAACUACAGUCAGACGCAAGCAUGUCUAUCUAUGCUGACGCAGCAACCAAGCCCUUCAAGGCUUGCUUUCAGAGUAAUGCAUGCUUUAAUGUAUGCUUACUACUGCAGUAACUCUUAAGGUUUUCAUCAAAUAAGUUAUCUGCUAGGAUGCAAACUACUAAAAGUAAAAAUAAAAAGUCUGGUGAAAAAAAAUGACCGGAUUUAAAAAAAAAAAUGUUGUGCUUCUCAAUGCAUCAAUACAAGACUGAAAGAAGGGAGCUAUAUACUGUACAGUAUAUAUAUUCUAUGAAGAAAGAAAGACAGAGAUACUUUGGAGCUGUAAGAUACUACUUUAUCUACCUGGGUUGGAGGUUCUGUAGGUUCCAUGGGGUUCCAUAGGGUUCUCUAGGAUUCUCUAGUGUUCUAUAUGUUCCAUAGAGUUCUAAGGUUCUAUAGGGUUUUCUAGAUUUCUGAUGUACCUUCAUCUCAACAUGUUUGUUCUGCUGUGAUGUGUCCAGUGGUUUUCAAUUACAUUCACCAACACAGAAUAGAAAAUAUAACUGGGUAAAAAAUAACAGAUUUAGUAAUUGUGUAGCAACUAUUUUUAUACUGUUCAUUAUUUCAUUUUUUAUUGUUGAAUGUGAUGUUAUUUACUAUAUAUGUUUACUCUUGAGUUGCACAUGGUUGUUCUUAUGUUAAUAUAUACUAUUUAUUCAUUCAUUGUUUAUUGAAUGCUAACUGAUCAAUCAGAAUACAUUUUGGUUGUAGACAGGGCUGGUACACAAAGCAGCAUUCAAAUUACUUGUCGUUUCUUUUUUGGAAAGAUACACUGAGCCUUCAGAACAGUCACAAUUAAUCGGGGCAUGAACUCUACAAGGUGUUGAAAGCAUUCCACAGGGAUGAUGGCCCUUGUUUAUGCCAAUGCUUCCCACAGUUGUGCCAAAUUGGCUGGACAAUUCUUGAUACACACGGGAAACUGUUGAAUGUGAAAAACCCAGCAGCGUUGCAGUUCUUGACACAAGCUGGUGAGCCUGGCAACUAUUACCAUACCACUUUCAAAGGCACUUCAAUCUUUUGUCUUGCCCAUUCACACUCUGAAUGGCACACAUACACAAACCAUGUCUCAUUUGUCUCAAGACCAAAAAAUCCUUCUUUAGCCUGUCUCCUCUUCAUCUACACUGAUUGAAGUGGAUUUAACAAGUGACAUCAUUAAGGGAUCAUAGCUUUUACCUGGAUUCACCUGGUCAGUCUGUCAUGGAAAGAGGUGUUCUUAAUGUUUUAUAUACUCAGUAUAUAUAAAGUGAUCGGUGCAUUUCAACAACAGCAUAAAUACACCUAUUUCAGUUUUGCAUGUAAAAACAGAAUCACCACUGCUGCGACUGUUUUGAUUGCCAACUAUUUAGAUUAGAAUGAGCAGCCAGCUCACGAGCAGCCAGCUCACGAGUGCAUUGGUGACACUACCAGUACAUAGCUUGCCCACUAGCUAGCAUAUGAUGAAUAGCAGGGGAAACAAAAAGCAAUGUUGCGAAUUAGGCACAGAGCCAUGUUUUAUUGAUCCUAACAGAUACGCGAGAAGGUUAUAUCUAGUGUAUCCCUCUGUCCUUUGAUGGAUGAACGUCUGGCUUAUUGAGGGGGCAGGUAGCCUAGUGGUUAGAGUGGUGGGCCAGUAACCAAAAGGUUGCUGGAUUGAUUCCCCGAGCUGACAAGGUAAAAAUCUGUCAUUCUGCCCCUGAACAAGGCAGUUAACCCACUGUUCCCUGGUAGGCUGUCAUUGUAAAUAAGAAUUUGUUCUUAACGGACUUGCCUAGUUAAAUAAAGGUUAAAUAAAAAAAUUCUCCCA